AUGGAUGUCACCGAUUGCUGGGUCAUGCUGGGCGGGUUAUAUCACGCUGGAGGCACGAAUAUUACGGCAAGUGAGCGUCGGAUCCUCCAGGGGAUGUUUUUCACACCUGGAUACCAUCGACAAGAGGAGAAUACUUAUCUGGCCAACUCCGCCGAGGAAGUCCUUGCAUGGGCACCCGCGGUUCAGAGGGCUAUGGGCUUUGAGUUGUCGAGUCCGAAUAUCGGAUAUGUUGAAUUAAAACCUCCAUUGCAGUAUAUGCGGGGUGUGGAAGUUGACACAUUUGGAGACUUCGACCCCUCUCGGGAGACUAUGACCGUGUCGGACAAAGCUCAAGUUCUCCUCGUCGGCUGUGGCGGAGUUGGUGUGAUCGCGGCGCUUAACCUGGAAAGUAGCGGGCGCGCUGCAGUCACCGCAGUUCUUCGAUCGAAUUAUUCGAAAGUAGUAUCCGAAGGCUUUCACAUACAAUCAUGCGACCAUGGAAAAAUCCACGGCUGGAGGCCCAGUAAAGUGGUGAACCAGAUCCCCGCGCCCUCUGAGACCGAGUUCGAUUAUGUGGUCAUGACAACCAAAAACACUCCAGAUCAGCCCCCGACUGCAGCAGAGUUGAUAGAGCCCGCUGUGAUUCCAGGAAAAACCACUAUCGUCCUCAUUCAGAACGGAUUGAACAUCCAAAAGCCAUUCUUGGACAAAUAUCCCAACAACAUCUGCCUUUCAGGAGUCAGCCUCAUCGGGUCCCACGAAAUAGCUCCAGCAGUCAUCGAGCACGAAGAAGCUGAUCGGCUUAUCGUUGGGGCAUUCCGAAAUUCAAAUCUCUCAAUAGAAAAAGAAGAUGCGAAAGCACAAGAGUUCAUCAAAAUGUACUCCGAUGGCGGCAAGACAGAUUGCUCGUUCACUUCCGAUGUUCCGUUUCAUCGAUGGCGGAAACUGGUCUACAAUGCCUGUCUCAACCCGAUCUGUGCAAUCACGGGACUGGACACAGGGCGCAUUCGUCUCGCGGAUGAUACUGUUGAAACGCUUUUGCGACCGGCCAUGAAAGAGCUUGUGGCCGCUGCCAAGGCCGCGGGGGUCCUUCUUCCUUCGGGAAUCGAGGAUUGGACGAUCAAUGUCGACCCUCUGACGAUGUAUUUCCAACCGAGCAUGCAGGAGGAUGUCCAAAAGGGCAAUCUUGUCGAGUUCGAGACAUUAGUUGGCGAACCGUUGAGAGAAGGCUUGUCGCGCGGCGUGCCAAUGCCAACAUUGACCUUCCUAUACCACACUCUAAAAGCGAUGCAAUGGAGGCUUAAAGAGCGAAGAGGAUUGAUUACCAUUCCUGAGAAAGGCGACUAUCUCAAGAACGGUUAUUAG